AUGGAAAGUUUCGGGGGUUUGAGAUUUAUUUUAAAGGGUGCAGGCAAAAGGGUUGAAAUGAAGUGGAUAGGCGGUAAUGAUGGAGGGAGAAAAAAUAAGUGGACGCAUCAUCAGGUCUUGUCUGUUGUUCCAUCCUCCCACGCAAUCUCAUCUCAAGGGAAAUUUCAGAAAUUGGGAAUGUUAUUCGCAUAA